AUGGCAGUCAACGUCAAGAUACUUGCAUUGCUUGUGGGGCUUCUCAGCCUGUCUCAGGCGCAUCGCGCUGGACAGCGACGACAUCAAGCUGUGGGUCGUAGCAUGGAGAACGAGGGAGCAGAAAACACUCCUCAACUUGUGCUGUAUGCGCCUGGAGAGGAGCUAAGGAAGGAGCUGGAGAACGAGCCCAAUUUCCUUGAGCCGCAAAUAGUUGAAACAGACCAGGAGAAAGAUGCCCGCAAAGUACCCGAUUAUCUCUACUCCAACACGAUACCCAUGGUCAACGAUCAAAGCAUUAACUAUGGCCUGCCCCAGUUGACUGCCAUUCCGGUGGCCUAUGGACCGCAGAUCAUCUCAGGCACAAAUAGAAUUAGCAAUAACAAUAAUAAUCUGGGUGUGAACGGAGUUCCAUAUGUGGUGGUGCCACGUGUCCAUCUGGGCUUCAAUGUACAGGGCCAGACGGGUAUCAAUUGGCCCAAUAUCAACUACCAGCCCAGCAAACAGCCUGGCGAUGCGGCUGCCCAGAAGGAGGAUAUACAGACUAAUUACAUUCCGAUACCAGUGCCUGGUCCCCCGGGACCACCAGGACCACCUGGACCACGUGGACUGCCUGGACCACGUGGUCCAACGGGUCCAACUGGACCACGGGGCAGGGAGGGUCCACGCGGCCCCAGCUCCAGCAAUGCACAACAGAGUCCCCAAAGUAUUUGGUAUGCCCAGAGCAAUAGUAACAUAAAUGGCAACACCAACAGCAACACUAAACCUCAAUAUGAACAUUUUACAAAUGGUUAUAAUAACUAA